AUGGCCCCGUACAUAUCGAUCUAUGUGAGUCUUUGCUUGAUUUCGAUGGGAAUCAAUGCACAGGAAAAGGGUCACAUCCCUAAGGCCGUGUGUAUAAGCCAGGAAUUGAAAUACGAUAAGAAAUUCCUUGAAUAUUUUGGCUUUGCUUCUGAGCAAUCUGAAAUGCUAAUGAUAAAUUCAACACAGUUGAUAAAAACUAUAUUCAUGGAUAAUAGCAUUGUUAACGAGGACAUAAACAGAACAGUAUUCAAUGUCAAAAACUUCGCCAUCUGCCCUUUUUUAAAUAAUCGUGCGCUUUACAAGCUUUACUCGGCGUUCUAUGACGAAUUCGUGGGUAAUUCUACUGUGAUUAAGUGUCCUAUAAAACCAGGCGUGUACUAUCUAAAAAAUUGUAUCCGAGAAGUGGUAGUGCCUUCAUUUCAUCCUUCUGGAAAUUUUCGUUUAAAUGUCCACAUAAGAACAGAGAAGGAAGGAUCUAUUGUUAUGAAGAUCAUCUGGAGAUAUCGUGUUAUGCGUACAAAAAAUUGA